AUGCGUCGUAAGCCCGUCAACAGGCGCUUCCUCAGAGACCAGCGCACCAACUACCCAGCCACACACGCAGCCCUGGACUCCACCCAGUGCUUGGACACUGGGCGCAUGUCCAACUUCCUCCACAAGGCCAGAUAUGGCGCCCUGCCCGUGAGGGCCGUGCGCCACCACUUCUACUGGCGCCGCACGCCCGGAGGGCCUGCCCCCAUCCCGGUUCCCGCAGCUGCAGCCACCGACGCAAACAGAAAAGUCAAGUGGCUUGCCAGACAGCUGGUCUACCAGAGCCAGCUGUGCCCCGCUUCCAACGCGGACAUAGCCACGCGCACGGCACAGCAAGUGCAGAGCCUCGUACUCGCUGCUGCUACUACCGCCGACCCCGUUGUCACCGACAUUCCCCUGUGGUUUCACGCCGGGAGCGCUGCACAUGAGCUCCGUCCAUAUGCUCCGGAUUUGGGCACCCUUGGUUACGUCCCCAAUGCGCUGCGCUACGCACUCGACUACUGUGGCGUCACUGAUAAGAACACCCUCAUUCAAAACAUUGCUGUUACCAUCGCCAAAGGCGCACACUCUAUCUGGCUGGCCCGGUGUAAGGCCCUCGUAGACAGUAACGCGUGGAAGACGGCGCACGAUAGUGCCAAGUCCCAAGUGGAGGCCGGCGCAUAG